CUUUUCUGUAUGUUUACACUGUUUCGCUUUACACUUGUCAAUGACUUUUUAAAAUCCCUUUUAACUUAAUUACAUCUACUUUUUUUUCUGGAUUUUUUUUUUUUUUUUAGAACACAUGCACCUAUCAUCAAACUGUUGGUUUGAGUUUUCACAGAACUAAUGGAUAAUGCAGAUUUCAAUUUCAGAUAGAGCCUUUGACAGAUAUGAAGCAUCAACUGCAGGUUUAAUGUGUGAGACAUGUGACGCAUCACAUGUGACAAAUGCUGUCUGAGGACGUAGUAUGCUGAAGAUAAGAAGCAUCAGCACAGAAAGAACAAUUGAACAUCUUCACAGUAGGUAUAACAAAUCCACAAACACAAUAUUAAAAGUUGCAUCAGCUUUUUUGUAGUUUGACCUCAGUGAGGAUUGGAGCUUUAAUGUUGGUGUGUGUUGCUGUCUAUCUAUGGAUUUAGAUGUCGAGAUGUUUUACCAUCUCCACAGCUGCUGAGAGCAAAUGCUGGUUCAGUUAUGAUGUUAACUGAACAUGCAUGUAACGCUACGAUAUUAAAGAAACAGGCUGCAGGUUAAUGUGACGGCACAACCUACAAGUGAAUGGAACUAAUGGAUUUGAUAGCUGAACUCGCCCAAUGGGAUUAGAGCUUAUUUUUGGCUCAAAAUCUCAUGUUGAUGCUGAUUAUAUUUCUUUAAUGUAGGAAAAAAAUGAAAUUUUAUUGGCAAGGAGAAAGAAGUCUUGAAAUCCCUACGACUUUCAUGUAGUUUAGUUUUAUUUUACCAAUUUUACACCACAAGAUAACUGUAGCCUAUGCAUUAGGGCUUUAAAGCCUUUUUUUAUUGUAUGUCUUCUGUAGCUGUCAAGUCUGAGACUAUAACCCUAAAAACACACUUUUGAGUUGCAUUGUGGGAAUUGUAGGAUCCAUUCGUUUUGGAGUUGAAAAUAGCAGGUCCUAUAUGCCUCUGGUACAUCACAUUUAUACCUUUUUUUUGUUUCUUGCAAGUACACCAACUUAAUGAAAAUGUGGUUUUGAUAUUAAGCUUGAAAGUUUGGAUAUGUAGAAUUUUUACAAUGUUCUCAAAGCUCUAGUUGAAAAAACUAAACUGCAUUCCAAUGAUAAAUACAUUCGAACACGUAAAAAAUGUCUGAAUUCUUGGUCAGUGCUGGAAUAUUUUUUUUAUUCAUGUAUUUUUUGUAACUGAAAAAAAAAAAAACCUCGCCGGAGUUAAACAAUCAGGGGGAGGUUGGCAGACAGGGGGAUGACUCGUGAGUUUUGAUUGAGACGGCCUGACUCCUAUCUCGAGAGGCGAACUAAACACACGUGGAACCAUGGUCCUGUUGCAGCGGUGCGUUUUUAAGAGAAUUCUCCAACAGUUUUAUUCAGGGAAUCAAGGAAACACCAAAAGUCUGGUGUCAGCUGGGUUUCCCACUGCGCUGCUAGGUGGAGACGGAGCUGCUGGGCACAGGAGCAACUCAACUAUUCCAGACUUAAGGGAGCGCACUCUUAUUGCUGUAAAGCCAGAUGGAGUUCAACGUCGUCUUGUAGGACAAAUAAUACAGCGGUUUGAGCAGCGGGGCUUCAAGCUGGUUGGACUGAAAAUGUUGCAGGUGUCUGAUGAUCUCCUGUCUCAGCACUACUAUGAACUGAGGACUAAGCCCUUCUACCCCAGGCUGAUGGAUUACAUGACCUCAGGGCCUGUUGUUGUUAUGGUGUGGGAAGGGCACAAGGUAGUCCAGACGACACGUACAAUGGUGGGGCAUACUAACCCAGCGGAGGCCCAGGCAGGCACAGUCAGAGGAGAUUUCAGCUUUCAUGUCAGCAGGAAUGUGGUUCAUGCCAGUGAUUCACCGGAGGGGGCACAGAGGGAGAUCCAGCUGUGGUUUCAGAGAAAGGAGGUCCUGAACUGGGACUGCUGUGACCAGACCAUGACCUGUGAGGUGUGAAGACGCUAAGACAUACAAUCUAUGACUAAGACCCGGACGCAGUGAGAAUCAGUAAUACUACCUCAUCUCCUGCUGCUCAAAGGUCUGUCUCUUGUGACGGUAAUUGAAAAACGAUAAGUCAUUUUAAGUGUUCCUAUCAAAUAAUUUACCUCAAUAACUGCAAUUAGAGUCACAAAGAUUUAUGUUUAAACAAAUGUGACCGAGUAUUUUUUUUAUUUUUAUAAAUCAAUAUAUAUCGGCAACUACACACAAUGCAUAGCUGUGACAUCCUUCAUUGAACACGGACAGCAGGAGGUGUUUGGCCUUUGGUGUCAGGAUGAGAUGUGUGUAGUAAUCGAAUAGAUGUAUUUUAUUAAUAUAUGGAAAACAUUGAGGUGCAGUGUGGAGCCAUAGUGGAUUAACUUAAUUUAACCUGAAUGACAGAUGCAUGAAUUGUGACCUGAUUUACAGCUAACAUAUAUAUGCACAUGUAUAGGUCUAACAUUAACGAUCAAUAUGAUUUUUUUUUAAAGAUAUCAGAUUUAAGUACUAUCAAGCAACAAAGCAAACAACAAAAGUAAGAUUUUUGUGAAGUAAUAAUAAAUAGUAAGUAAAAUCUAUGCUUUUAUGUUGUUUUACAAAUUGUGUGUAGAGUUGUUUUGGAAAUAUUAAGCACACUAAAAACAUUUUUAGCAAACUGUUGAAAUAUGUAUGUAAUUGUUCUAACUUUGUGUCAAUUGUAUGUAAAUCAAGUGCAUUUAUGUAAUUGAAAUUGUAAAGUAAUCUUCCUACCUCUGUUUGAAAGAAGAAAGAAAUUAAAAAAGAGAGAACAGUUGCAAGUACAAAUCUUUGUCAGGAAUUGUCUGAAAUGGAAAUAGUUCAUAGUCUACCCAAAAUCAAAUAAUCAAUGUUUACACUAGAACAUUGAACCUCUGGUCAUUGUUAUUUGUAAAAUGUGCUUUUUCCUGUCAGUUAAAAAAAUGUACUCAAGUAAUAUAAUGAUGAUUUACACCUUCUAUUAAUGAACAAUGAAUGAUUUAGAUUUCAUGUUGACACCUUUAGUGUGUCACUUUUUUAAUUCUUCAUACAGCUGAAAGAAUGUCCUCAGUCUGCUGCACCCAAUAUCACUUAUACAAAUACAUAUCUGGGGUUCUUCAAAUAUAUGUAUAUAUUUUAAACUAUGUUUUGAUCAUAUAACAGAAUAUGGAAAGAAGGGUAGCAGUAAACCCAUUGAUAUGGUACAAAAAUCCACACAAUUGAAAUUUUAUUCAAGCCAAUAAAUUGUCAGCAUUGUACAUUAUGUCAUGAUAUUCUCCACAGCUGAAGUCACAAUGAAAAACAGAAGAGUCAAACUGAAUUUGUGUAUUCUUCAUGUAUCAGUUGAAUGUGUAUUUGGUCUAAAACCACAUCUGUCUGCAACAAGGAAGACUGUCUUAACUCAGAUAGAUAGCAAGCAAUAAAAACACAGAAACA